AUGACAGCUGGGGCAUUUUCAGAGUGGCGCAAGCUGCCGGUCAGUCUGAGCGAGCUCUGCAUUAACACUACCUUGCGAUGCGGCCAAUCCUUCCGAUGGCACAACGUCCCCGACAGCGAAGAAUGGCGCUGCGUCCUCCACGGCCGUCUCCUCUCUCUCAAGCAAGACCCCACAAACCUCUACUACCGCACCUACCUCACCUCACCCCCGGCGGCCCCAUCCAACCCUAAACCGGACGACACGCCCGCCCUCCUAACCCACUACUUCAACCUCUCCUCGAACCUCACAACCCUCUACGCGCAAUGGUCCUCCUCCGACCCCAACUUCCGCAAAAAGGCGCCCCAGUUCACAGGCAUCCGCAUCCUGCGCCAGGACGCCUGGGAAGCGCUCGUCUCCUUCAUCUGCAGCAGCAACAACAACAUCGCGCGCAUCUCGCAGAUGGUCGAGAAGCUGUGCGUGCACUACGGGCCGUUCGUCGCUAGUGUUGGCGGCCGCGCCUACCACGGUUUUCCUGGGCCCGAGGCGCUGACGGGGGCGGAUGUUGAAGGCCGCUUGCGCGAGCUGGGUUUCGGGUAUCGGGCCAAGUAUAUCUACCAGACUGCGGUUAUUGUUGCGGAGAAGCGGGAGAAGGGGUGGUUGGGUUCGCUGGCGAACCCGGAGUUUCCUGCUUUUGGAAAGAGUCCUGCUGAUGGUGGUGGUGGGGAGAUGGAGGAUGCGGGGAGGGAGGGGUAUCGUAGGGCACAUGAGGGAUUGCUGGAGUUGCAGGGGGUUGGGCCUAAGGUUGCGGAUUGUGUAUGUUUGAUGGGGUUGGGGUGGGGGGAGUCUGUUCCGGUUGAUACGCAUGUCUGGCAAAUCGCCCAACGAGACUACAAAUUCGGCAAAGGAUCCCACAAGUCCCUGACGAAGGCGACAUACGACGCAGUGGGCAAUCACUUCCGCAAGCUGUGGGGCAAAGACGCUGGGUGGGCCCACAGCGUGUUGUUCACAGCGGACCUGAAGUCGUUUUCAGAUCGCUUGGCUACGUCGAAGAAGUCGGCCGUGAAGGUCGACGUGGAUGUGAAGGAGGAACCUACGGAUGCUGAUGCUAAUCAAGUGGAGGUUGAGACGAAGGUUACUACUGCUGUUGCUGUGAAGAGGGAGGCGCCGGAGGAUGUGGUGAAGACUGAGCUAGAGGAUGUGGUGAAGGCUGAGCCGAAGGACGAAGGUGAAGAGGAUGUUGGCGCUGUGGUUAAAGCGUCGCAGACGGUGACCACCCGGAGGAUGUCGAAGAGGCUGAAGAGAUAG